GCUGUGGAACAGGUUGUCUCACUCCAUUCCUGACAUGAGCCUACAUUGGCACUACAUUCGUCUGCAGAUCCGACAGAAGAGGUUCCAACUGAACGAGAAACUGGAAGCUUUGAAGAUGCAGGAGAUUCCACAGUACAAAGAGACCAGGUCUCCGGCCUACUAUAAGGAAUUGCGCGCGGAUAAUACUGUGUACAAUUGGUACCUGGUGGGGAAAUGUGCGCUUGCGGCGAUAGCCUUCAUCAUUCUUAUGACACAUUACACGUACAAUUACUACAUCAAUAGUAUUCAUCGGCAUAGCCCCUUGAGACUGGGCUUCAUCGCUCUGUUCUGUAUACUCCUGCUACUCCUCCUGCUCCACUCCAGAGACUACGAGCUGCUGAUGAAGAGGAUCGACUGGCAGACCAUCGUGAUCUUCCUGUCGCUCGGAGUCAUCACCUCGGUAUUUACCACACUGACUGCGCACAUGGAUGACUACCUCUGGAAGUUGUAUGGGACCACGAUGACGGGGUCCCGCAAGAGAAAGGUCCAUAAAGUGUUCGCGCAAAUGUUAUCUUACUGCUCAGUGACCGGGAUAGCCAAUGAGUAUACCAUAUCGAAAUUCUUCCUGGAUACGGUGCUGACCUUCUCCGUGUUCAGAGGUCUGGACGCGAUUGGAGAAAUCAUGGGAGGGUUCAUGAUGGCUACCGGCUUUUGGGGUACUGCAACAAUUCUGGGCACCGGCGCAAACCUAUUGAUAGCGGGAUUGUCUGAAACCAACGGAUAUCAAAUGAGAUUUAUUAAGCACAUGCGAUACGGACUACCUUUCGCUCUCAUGUCCAUCAUUCUCCUUUACAUCUUCAUAUCCACGAAAUAUUUACUCUAAAAUCAUUAACU